GCAUUCCACCGGGGAGGGCAAUUAGUGGGAUUUAGACAGCACAUUCACAUUAGGACUUGUACAAAGGAUGGAAACUACAAGAAAAAAGCAGUAGACCAGGCAGGUGUCAUGCGCUAUAGUUAUUUUAUGAGUAAGAAGAAUAAAUACAUGCAGUUAACACCAGUAAAAGCACCCUGAACAGACUGGACGUGAGAAUCUGUUAGGAAGAGGGAUUAACUUGGGUAAUAAAUAGUUUGGAAAUUAAGUUGAUGACAGUGGAAACAGAAGGCGUUAACAUAUACCCUCCCAUUUGAUGACUAUUUAAGGUGCUAAUUAGGGGCAAGGACACCUGCUAGCUGAGUGAUUGCAUUUUUAGUGGUGUAGCCGUGAGUCUAGUAGCCAUGGCUCCUCUAUGUGCCAGCGUGCUGUUUGUAGCCCUUUGGGCUCAGUUGGCACAGGCUCAGUUCCCUAGAGUUUGUAUGACAGUGCAGACACUGGUAGAAAAGAGGUGCUGUCCUCCUCUUGGCUCUGACCCAGCCAAUGUAUGCGGCUCCCAGCAAGGACGGGGCCAGUGCGUGUCUGUGGUGGUGGAUGAGAAACCGUGGAGUGGACCUUAUACUUUGCGCAAUGUAGACGACCGGGAACGAUGGCCACUCAAGUUCUUUAAUGCUACCUGCAAGUGUACAGGAAACUUUGCAGGAUAUAAUUGUGGCGACUGCAGAUUUGGCUGGACGGGACCCAAUUGUGAUCAACGAAAGCCGCCAGUUGUACGGAAGGAUAUCCAUGCUUUAACUGCACAGGAGAGAACCCGGUUUUUGGAUGCACUGGAUCAAGCCAAGACUACUAUUCACCCGGAAUAUGUGAUUGCUAAGCAGCAUUGGCUAAGCAUCCUCGGGCCUAAUGGAACAGAACCACAAAUCGGAAACACAAGCAUCUAUAACUAUUUUGUAUGGCUUCAUUACUACUCUGUGAGGGAUACACUACUAGCACCUGGACGCCCGUUCAAAGGAAUAGAUUUCUCCCACCAGGGGCCCGCUUUUGUUACCUGGCAUAGAUACCACCUGCUGUUGCUGGAGAGAGAUAUUCAGAAAAUGCUUGGUGACGAUUCUUUUGCUUUGCCUUACUGGAACUUUGCAACAGGAAGGAAUGAGUGUGAUAUCUGUACUGAUGAGCUGUUAGGCGCACCCAGAUUGGACAAUCCCAAUCUAAUUAGUCUUGGUUCCAGAUUUUCACGAUGGGAAAUUGUUUGCAACAGUUUGGAUGACUACAAUAGACUGGUUACACUCUGCAAUGGAACUAAUGAAGGCCUUCUUCAGAGGAGCCCAGUAGAUAGAUCUGGAGGGCAACUGCCUACCAUGGAUGAUGUACAAAAAUGUCUUUCACUUAAAGCGUUUGACAACCCUCCCUUUUUCAGUAACUCAACUUUCAGUUUCCGUAAUGCACUUGAAGGUUUUGAUAAACCAGAUGGAACACUUGAUUCUCCUGCCACAAGUCUCCACAACUUGGUCCAUUCCUUCCUAAAUGGAACCAGUGCUCUGCCUCACUCUGCUGCCAAUGAUCCAAUAUUUGUGGUUCUUCAUUCUUUCACUGAUGCAAUUUUUGAUGAAUGGAUGAAACGUAAUCAACCCAAUGAUACAGAAUGGCCAGAAGAGCUUGCUCCAAUAGGACACAACCGCAUGUACAACAUGGUGCCAUUCUUUCCCCCAGUAACAAAUGAUGAACUUUUUGCACCUGCUGAGCUGUUGGGGUAUACGUAUGCUAUAGAUUUACCAGCUUCUGAUGAAGAUGGUGGUGCAGUAGGAGUAAUGGUUGCAGCAACUGUUGGUGGUGCUCUUCUUGCAUUGCUUGUACUUCUGGUUGUCUUGCUCCUCUACAUGCACCGAAAACAGCGACAAGGCUUUGAACCUCUGCUGAAUGCAAGAUACAACACAAGAUACACAGAUGAUGCAUAGAGCAAAACUUGUUGUAUAUAUAUUUA